AUGGGUUUUGGUAAGUUUUCCUGCCAGCUGCUGCUGGCCGCUGCAAUUUCCCACGCCAGAUGGAUUGUUCCAGGAGCGCGAUGGAGAGCAACGGAUGGUACACUCGUAAAUGCUCACGCAGGUGGUAUCACUGUGGACCAAGCGACGGGCAAAUACUUUUGGUUCGGCGAAUACAAGGUUGAGGGUCAAGUAGAAGGCGGCGGCGUCAGCGUCUACAGCUCUGAUGAUCUUGCGACAUGGGAGCCACACGGAUUGGCAUUGAAACCCAUCGAGGGCCAUCCCCAUAUUGCUCCAACAGAUAUUAUUCAGAGACCCAAGGUCGUAUACAGCGAAGGCACCGGCCGAUACCAUAUGUGGUGGCAUGCAGAUAACUCAACCUACGGAGAACUUCUCCAAGGUCUGGCGGUCUCAGAUAAUAUUACCGGACCAUACAGCUUUGUCGAUGCUACAGCCCCACUUGGGAACUGGUCACAAGACUUCGGUCUAUUCAUGGACCAGAAAGAUGGUCGAGCAUACUCAUUGUAUUCGAAUGGCGACAGGAAGGAGGGGCGGGAUGUCUACAUUACAUCCUUCAAUGAGAACAUCACAGCCCUUGAUGAGGUCAUCUUUCGAUUCAACAAGUUUGACCUUGAAGCGCCCACAAUUGUGCAGACGGAUAAGAGUUACUUUGCUUUGAUGUCGCAUAAAACAGGCUAUCGUCCAAACAACGUGGUCGCAUUCCGCGCAGAUUCGCUCUCGGGUCCAUGGUCACAGCCUUUCGUCAUCGCACCACUCAACACUCGAACUUACAACUCCCAAUCUGGCCUGAAUCUGCGUAUCAAUGGCACACAAAAGACAACCUAUUUAUACAUGGGCGACCAAUGGGAUUCCAUAUCACUCUGGGAGUCGAGAUACAUAUGGCUACCUCUUGAGAUUGACGAAGAGAAGAAGUCGGUCGAGCUCAAGUGGUACGAUGUUUACGAUCUCGAUUUGAAGACCGGAGAAGUUACGCCAAUCGACGGUACCACCUAUUACAACAAGGACGCCACAACGAUAGGUGACGCAUACCAUCAAGAAGCCACCUUUGCGAGCGAUGGUGUGAUUGUCACUGGCAUCCAUGGCAACGACAGCAAAGUCACAUUUUCGAACAUUGAAGGGUCGGGCAAGCCCCAGUGGGUAUCAUUCUACUACCAGAAUACCGAUGACAUGGGCUUCGGUGACCAGCCGGGAGGGUCGCCAGAUCGGAUCAAGGGGACGUGGCAGUUGCGCCGCAUCUCGAGCGUUAUUGUGAAUAAUAAAACGGAGGAAGUCGAGUCUCUGUAUCAGAGAGAUACUCACAAGGGUAUCAUCUUGAGCACACCGUUGCUGCUCAAUCUAGAAAAGGGGAGCCACAAUACCAUUACAAUUGGCGGUCUCAGUAAUGGGCAGGAUGUGAAGGGUGCGGACAUUGAUCGCAUCGUGGUCUAUCCUCCCGAAGAGUAG